GGGUGUGCGCAGGCGGAAGUCUUCGAGCGUCUGCGGCGCUGACUGAGCGGGGCUGCCGGCCACGAGGUCUUCAGAGCCUUUCCGUGGCUGCUCGUGGUGGUCUCCGCCGACCCCCGCCUCUCCUUCCCCAGACGCCGGGCUGAGAAUGGCUCGUUUCGCUUUAACCGUUGUCCGACAUGGAGAAACAAGAUAUAACAGAGAGAAAAUACUUCAAGGACAAGGUGUAGAUGUGCCCCUUUCGGAAACUGGUUUUAGACAAGCAGCAGCUGCUGGUGAAUUUCUUAGUAACGUGAAGUUUACUCAUAUUUUCUCAAGUGAUCUCAUGCGUACAAAACAGACCACUGCCAAGAUUUUGGAGAAAAGCAGAUUCUGUAAAGAAGCAACAGUAAACUAUGAUAGAAGACUUCGAGAAAGGAAAUAUGGAAUUGCAGAAGGCAAACCUCUGUGUGAAUUAAAAGCAUUGGCCAAAGCAGCUAGGGAACAGUGCCCUGAUUUUACACCUCCUGAAGGAGAAACAUUAGAUCAGGUGAAAUUACGAGCAAAGGACUUUUUUGAAUUUCUUUGUCAGCUGGUCCUGAAUGAAGCGGGUCAGAAAGGACAGCCUAAGGCAGGAGUGAUGGACAGUGGCCUGGAGGCCUUUCUAACAGAAACGUUUCCAUUAGGAAGCAAUUGUGGAUCUGAUCUUAAUUCAGACAGUGUUGCCCAAGUGUUAGAUGCUAAUAUAUUGGUGGUAAGUCAUGGGGCUUACAUGAGAAACAUGUUUACUUAUUUUGUGGUUGAUCUGGAGUGUACCUUACCAGCAAAUCUAAGCAAAUCUGAACUCAGUUCAGUCAGCCCCAAUACAGGGAUCAGUCACUUUAUAAUAAAUGUAGAACAAGGUGCUAAUGGAAUUAAAACAACCAUAAAGUGCAUUUGUAUUAAUCUGCAGGAUCACCUAGCCAAAGUGACAGAAAGUGCCUAGGCCCAAAUAAAUCAUUAGGAUUUUCAUAUUUUUUUGUCAUUGAGGGGGGCACCUUGUUUCCAGUAGUUAUAUCCCAAGUUCUUAUAAAAGCUUUCAGAAAUAGGUUAUACUUGGUUGUAUAUGGAAAGGUAGUAACAUAAGAACACUAAGUAAAACCCAGGGAAUAAGUUAAAGUAUGUUUUGAAUGCAACUACUGGCAUUUUCCAAAAGAAAUGCCACUGUUUCCUGCCAGGUUUUGACUUUGAAUAGAAAUGGAAAUGUCCAUGUUGACGAAAUCCAGUGUUGUCAAAUGAAGUAUUAUAACUUUGUUAUAAAAUAUAAUUUGUUAUCAUGGUAUUGAAUGUAUUUCUUUGUUGUGCUAAAUAUUAGCACUGAGGAUGGUUAUUUUUUAAUAACACUACCACGAUUUAGAAAAGAAUUGCUUAUGUCUAAGGACUUUUUUCCUUUUUAUUCAAUUGUGACUAGAUUUUGCAGCUAAUUUAUCAGAUCGUGUUUUUUGUUUUGUUCUACUUUGUUUCGUGUUUUUUGUUUUGUUCUACUUUGUUUCUUCUUAUGUUGAUGUUUGGGUUUUUUAUGGCUGAAGAUAAAUAUAGCCUUUGUGAUUGGCUUUUAGUGAAUAACAUACUGUAUUAUUUCAUGACCUUUUUUGGUGUUUGGAAAAGAACUAUUUAUUAUGAAAUGUCUUCUACUGUAGAGUGCCUCUCUAUGCUAAAGGAAUCUACCUUAUGAAUAAAACAUUUAUCAACAUGAAGAUUAUAAAAAAUAAAGUAACAUUAAUUUUU